AUGGCGGCAGCAAAGGAAGAUUCCACGAGGGCAGAGCACUCUGGUGAUUUCGAAGCAUCGGCCAUUGGAACGGGUCCUCUGUUUCAUCGACAUGAGGUGGUGGGUCGUCGGGUUGGUGGCCGGAACAAGAAGAGAAAGAAAAAGCCGUACUGCUUUACUUGGAUCAGCUUUGUCACGUGCUUGCUGACAAUGGAAGCCUGUGCCAUGAUCUUCAUGAUGUUCCGAUCGCAUACGAUGAUUUUCAUUGACCCAUUGUCGUCGUUGGAAGAAGAUGCUCUGGAUUUUUUGGUCUGGUUGGAUACCACACUGGGAGGAGGCGGCCAACAGGAUCGAGAAGAAUUGGCCGAAUUGGAAGCUCAUUUGGUUCAAAUGACAGAAGAUCGACUGGAUCAUGGGUACGCCCUGGAACAUGAAGUGGAAACUACCGCCAUUGACAAUUACUACAAUCGGUCAUCCACAAAGAAUAAUAACGAUCAUCCUCCAUCGACUGUACUCCUGGUGGCGGGAAUGAAGGGCAGCGGUGCCCGAGCGGUAGUCGAUGCACUCAUACAGCUACACAUCCCCAUGAUUACACUGGAUCGAGCAGAUACGCAAAAGGACAGCGAUCGCAAGGCAUUUCAUACCGGCCAAAUGGCAUGGCGCAAUAUGAUCAACCUGGUCAUGUCCUCGGGAAUUCGAACUCCCAACUACGAAUUCUCCCAACUACCUCAAUUGACACAGCUUCGUAUACGACAAGAAUGGGAAAAAUUCUAUCAAGGAUUCAUUGCCAAGCAUAUCCCACAACAACAAUCCACAACAACACACCACCAAAACAGCAACCAGAUUCUCUUUGGGUUUCAAGCUCAUGACAGUCUAUUGAUGAUUCCCGUGGUGCAAGAAUUUGUCUUGCUGGGACAACAGCAACAACAACAACAACAACAACAGCAACCUCUAUUGAAAGUAAUUCAGGUCCUUCGAGAUGGAAGGGACGUCAGUUUGCUCAGCCCCAAGACGGAAAUUGGCAAUGACAAAAAGGAACACCCCAUGCAAAGUAUGGCAGAACGAUUCGUCUUGGAAACGUUCUAUGAUGUCAGCAAUAUUUCCAAGAGCUACGAUGACACCGCUACUAGUCUCAUCAGUCGAGAACACCAACGGAUUGUGGAAUCCAUGGAACUCUGGAGUGAUUGGAAUCACGAUGCACACAUUUGGCUGCAAAAUAGAAAUCAUGACAAGAAUGGUCACCUCGAGUAUUUACAGCUUCGUACCGAAGAUUUGUUGAGCCCGGAAAAGAAACUCGAAGCAUUAUUGCAGCUAUCCAACUUUACGGAGGCCACCAUACCCUUUCAACAAUUGUGUUGCAUGAGUCGACAAGCCAUGGUCAUUGAGAAUCCGAGCGAAUCGUACUUGAAGGGAUUUGCCAAGGCACGAGCCCAACACAAUCUCCUUCAAAAAUAUUCGGCGGAAUUGUCCUUUCUGCACAACGAACAAGACGAAGAUGAACGCCGCAGGGCACGAUUGGGGGAUCUCGUCGGCGGCAAGCACAGGUUUGGUGGCAGACGUCAUAAUAAUGAACCAGAACAACCAUCAUCCAAUAAUGCGUUACACCAACAAGUACACCAACAUCGUCAAGAUCGAUUCCAAGAUAUCGGAGAUCGAUUGGCCGCACGCAUGCCGAAUCAAGGACGUCGGAGAUUGCUCAAUGACAUCCAGACAGGCACUUCCACCAAAGCACGGCACGAAGAAACAACAAAAAGCCCAGAGGUGUCCAAACUCUUUGACGAGUACUUUGCCUGGCGGAAAUCUCUGGGCAAUGCCAAGAAAGACAAGGAUGCCGCCGUUACAGCCAUUGAAACAGGAGAGAAACUCUUGGCCGACUACCGGACACAUCAUGAUCAUCUCAAGGGAGUCUUGACCGAGGAUUCCUUUGUUCGUUCCAUCAAAUGGUUGAAGAAUCUUCACAAUAGACAGAACAGUAAGGUUGUAGACGAUGGCAGCGAAGAAACUACCGAGAUUGCAUCAUUGCAUUCUCCGCAGCACUACGGAAAGUGGGUCCAUUGGCUAAAAGACGAACCCCUUUUAUCGCGACGGCUCCAUUCGGUGGGGAAUCUCACGUUGCGGGCAUUUGGCUACGAGCCUCGCGCACGCUUUAUGGACUUUGAUCCGGAGAACCGAAAAGCACAGUGCCACAUGGUAGUGACGUGCUACUAG